CGUGAUACGGACACAGCAGUUCUGGUAGCAGCAGCGGACGUUUCCUUAACACCCGUCUACCAGUUGUACCGUUGUCUGGCGAGCCGCGAGUCCUUUGAGGGAUCCUAACGACAACUGUGUUUAAAAAUGCGCCCCGUGCACACUCUAGCAUUUCUGUGCCUGGUCGCAGCACUGGGCGGACAGGGCGUGAGCUCCUCGCCUGUGCUGGCGACCGUCUACUACGAGGCCAAGUGCCCUGACUCACGCGACUUCGUGGUCCAGCAGCUGCUGCCCGCCGUCCUUAGGGACCCGGAGCUGGUGCGGCCGGUGCUGAUUCCUUUCGGGAAGGCAACCGUCACCACGACCUCUAGCGGCUACGAGUUUAGUUGCCAGCACGGGCCGACGGAAUGUCUGGGCAACAAGCUACACGCGUGUGGCAUUGCACUGGCUGAGAGCAGAACGCUGCAGGUUUCGUACGCCGCGUGUAUGAUGAGCAACUACACCGACGUCGAGGCAGCUUCAGAAAAGUGUGCUGGCGAGUUGGGCCUGUCGUUCCCAACCAUUUCAGACUGCGCAAAUGGUCAGGCCGGCAAUGAACUCCUGAGGGCGUACGGGAACGUUACCAAUGACCUGAGUCCUGCGCUGACCUUUGUUCCUACAGUCACACUGAACGGGCUCAGAGGCAAUCAGACGGCCGUCUUGGGUGACUUCUGGGAACAAGUCGUUGAAACGUCCUUAGAAACAAAGUCGGAGAGUAGGCGCUCCGGCGGUACAGACGGCGGCUACUAGAGUCGUGGCAGCCGCCGCCUGCGUGGCCCCUGGAGCCUGCGUGGCUGCCAUCCCGCCUGGCUCUGUCUGCCACCUCUCCAGCAGGCUCACACCGACACCCGCUGAGGAGCUGCCAAUGCCGCGGGCCGCACGUCUGCACGAUCAAAAUUCUGCGAUUUUCAGCUUAAGAGGACGGACCACCUGCCGAGUGUCACAAACGUGCCCUGUAUUAAUCAAUAAAUGUACAACUGCUCAACGAA